CGUGAAUGAUAAAAAAGUGAAGUGUCAUAAUAACUAAACAUAAAAAUUCGCUGUAUUAAUAGUAAUAUAAUUUGAGUAUUUUACAAAAUUCAAUUUUUUUUUACUAACUUCAGUAUCUUCUUUCUUACCAAUUUACUGUAAAUUCAAUAUGGAUUGGUUAUCUCUCUGCGUCUGUGGUACGAAGAGCAAUUUAAACAAUGAGAAGAAAGGCGAGAAAGGCAAAAAGAAUAAAAGCAAAAAAUCCAAGAAGCCAUCCAAGCAGAACAAAUCUCACAAAACGUCGUUGUCCUUUGUCGACGAUUCCUUCCGCAAAUUACAAGAUGAGCAAGUUGAGAAUGAAAUUAUUAAAAAAGAAUGGACGAACGGAAAAGUUAUUAAUUGUUUCGACGAUUGCGCGAAAAACCACGCCGACGCGAAUAAUUCAACCGAUUUGACAAAAAUUGACGAUUUGUCGAAUAAUCGCUGGUCUUGUCAAAUCAAUGACGAUCAUGACAACUUUGAGGAGUUUUGUAAGAAAUCUUCGGAAAAGAACGUGGACGAAUUUGAUCGGCAAACGCAUGAUUUUGAUUAUGACGACAAUGCGGUAUUGCAUUCAAGAUAUGCAUCGAACACAGUAGUGUUCGACGAAGAUCAUAAGCAGGUCAAGUGCAUCUCGGACAAAAAAGAACAUGAUGAAGAGGCAGAUUUGAACGAGUCCGUCUCGAGAUCGGUGACAUCUGGAGAACCCGAAGAUUGGAUAUCGGAAUUCGAGGAGAAACAGGGUAUGCUCGUAGAACCGGGCUUUAAUACAAAAUUCAAGGAAAGAACAUCGUCCAGAAUCAAUUUUUCUAGCGAAGAGCAAACGAAGUCGAAAACGAGAACUUCGUCAAAAGGAGAAUCCAGGAACAUUCUUCCACCGAUCAAAGGGAAGUCCUGCACCGAAUCGCGCAUGGAUAAUGAAGAAAUGCAAAGAAACUGCGGAGAGAUAAAUAAAUUUGGUUUUAAGAGAAGCGCGGCUUUUUGCGAACAAAGCAAUAUUCGGCGAAAAUUAAACUCAUGCAGUUUCGAGGUUCAAUCGUUCGAGAAUGAGGAGCGAAAUGGAAAUACUAAGAUUCGGGGUGACGGAUCCAUGAUACCUAGACUUACAUCCUCCAUGCAGCAGGGGAUGAAUUUAAUCAAGAGCGCAGGCGAUAAAAUGGAAAUUUUGCAAAACGGUCGCGUUCACUCGGCAGUCGUCUCCGGUGUCAAUUUAGAGCAGCGUACUGUAACUGUAGAAUGGUUCGAGAGAGGAGAAACCAAAGGCAAAGAGGUGGAAAUCGAUGCGAUUCUCGCCUUGAAUCGCGAUUUGAACCAAAAGAUGGGACCACCGCCACAGGUGAUGAACAAUCACAUGUUGGCGUCCUCGAAAGCAAGGGAGCCGGACUCCUCGGCUGAAGAGGACGAGGGGGUCGACGAGUCGGAGAACCAAGAGGAGGGCUCCCUCGGACGCCAUGGCGGUCACACCGCAAGAAACGGCCUCGCCUCCGCAACGCUUCCUGUACGAGUCACAUCUCGUCUCUCGCACUCCACCAGACCGUCUAUUCCAGUGAAAGCGAGUUCGAACAAACAAAUAACGCGACAGACGGGGCGUCCGACAAACAUAAUGUCGUCGACAACAUCGGUGAACGGUCACGGAGACUCGGUUUCCGGACUCACGGGACGUCGGGAGCUUGAAAACAUACCGCCAACACCGACGACAACAACGAUCGCGCAAUAUAAUCUAGCGACUCCGGCGCAAAAUAAACAGCAGAAACAAGCGCAGCAGCAGCAGCAGCAGCAACAACAACAGCAGUUGCAACAGCAGCAGCAACAAACCCAAGUAGAAAAUGGUCGUGGUAGGCGAUCCAACGUCGUCAAGGAGGUCGAGAGACUGAAGAAAAACAGAGAGGAAAGGAGACAACGGCAAGCAGAAUUAAAAGAAGCGAUGAUGAAUUUGGAUCCGGGCAAUCCAUAUUGGGAGUUUCUUGCCAUGAUAAGAGAAUAUCAAAACAGCAUAGAAUUCAAGCCAUUGCGGGAUAGCGACACCGUGGAGGAUCAUCAGAUCACUGUGUGCGUGCGGAAACGUCCGCUUAAUAAGAAGGAACACACGCGCAAGGAGAUCGACGUGAUCAGCGUGCCCAGCAAGGAUCAGAUGGUGGUGCACGAGCCCAAAUCCAAGGUCGACCUCACCAAGUAUCUCGAGAAUCAGAUCUUCAGAUUCGAUUACGCGUUCGACGAGACAUGUAACAACGAGAUAGUCUACAAAUACACAGCCAAGCCGCUAGUGCAAACAAUCUUCGAAGGCGGCAUGGCCACGUGCUUCGCAUACGGCCAGACCGGUAGUGGCAAGACUCAUACUAUGGGCGGCGAUUUUAACGGCAAAACGCAAGAUUGCAAGAAGGGCAUCUAUGCCAUGGUUGCAAAAGACGUGUUCAAGUGUCUGAAAUUGGCAAAAUAUCGGCCCUUGAAUUUGGUUAUUUCCGCUAGCUUCUUUGAGAUUUAUUCCGGCAAGGUGUUUGAUCUCUUAGCGGAUAAAGAAAAGCUGAGAGUUCUGGAAGACGGCAAACAGCAGGUGCAAAUAGUGGGAUUAACGGAAAAGGUCGUGGAGACUUGCGACGAAGUAUUAAAGUUAAUACAACACGGAAAUAGCGCCAGAACGAGCGGUCAGACGAGCGCUAAUUCCAAUUCUUCGAGAUCGCACGCGGUAUUCCAAAUAAUAGCGCGUAUGCCGGGUACACACAAGGUGCACGGAAAGUUUUCGCUUAUCGAUCUUGCUGGUAAUGAAAGGGGUGCUGACACGUCGUCCGCUAAUAGGCAAACUCGAAUGGAAGGUGCUGAGAUCAAUAAAUCUUUAUUAGCCUUAAAAGAAUGCAUACGCGCGUUAAGCCGUAAGGGUACGCAUUUGCCUUUUAGAGCAAGCAAACUGACUCAAGUGUUGAGGGACAGUUUCAUCGGUGAAAAAUCAAAAACGUGCAUGAUAGCGAUGAUUAGUCCUGGGAUGAGUUCCUGCGAGCAUUCGCUAAAUACAUUGAGAUAUGCUGAUCGAGUGAAGGAAUUGGCGGCGAACGAUCCUACAGAAAUAAAAGCCUCGCCGACAGAUGACGAUCGGGGCAUGAAGAUCGAGGAACAGGCAAACAACAGCGUUUUAUCGGAUAGCGAUCUAGCGCAGCUUCGAUCUCUCAACGAAGGUGAACUAUCGCAAGAUCUGUACACUUUUCACGAGGCAGUAUCUGCUCUGCAGAUGCUCGAAGAAGAAGUGUUAGAUACGCACAAGCUGGUCAUGGAUAAUACAACUAAAUUCCUUAACGACGCGCACAGUGUGUUCAGCGCGACUCACGAAGUGGAUUAUGACCAAGAAGAUUUGAGGCGGAAAAGAACAAAGUUUGAGUCACCCUACCUGAGGAGUUUCUCGUUGCGUAGACGUCUUAUAGAGAGAAAACUAUUUUCCGACGCAUAUGUCCAAAAAUGGGAGCAGUUGCUAAUACAGCAACGUGACAUCCUCAAUGCCGCGCUCGAUCAAGUCAGCCAAUUUCGCGGGCAGCUCUUACAGGAGGAACAAAUCAGUCAGAAGAUGACCCGAACGCGCAAUGUUUCAAUGCGGUACAAUUAAGAAUGAUACUCUAACGAUUGCGAAACGAAAAAAGACACAAAAAGUAAUUAUCUCUCUCUCAUCGAUGAGAAAAACCCGCUUCUUAUGUGUGUAUUGAUCUUUAUUUACAAGCGCGCGAAAAGCAAGUAUACAUGACACUAGUGCGACACAUGAAUAUAAAAUGUAACAAAACUCCGUCUUGCCUUCGAAAUUGCUAUGAAAGGUACAUCGACGAGAAAGCAAGGAGCUCGACUCGUAUAAAACUCACCCUAGCGAUCCUGUACUAUAUAACGAUUCUUCUCGAAUAAUUCUUUGAGUGAACAAACGACAGUGGAGAGAAUUCCGCAAGAAAGAGUAUAUAAAUAAGGAAAUGAAAUUGAAGUUUGCAUAAUAAAAUAAUAAAAAUAAUUUUUUGAGAAUCCGCAAAAAGAGAAAUCAAAUUUUUGUUUUUACGUAUUGGCUUUGUCCGUCGCAUCUCUGCGAGAAUUGGCCGGGAAUUUUCAGUCAGGAUUUCAUGUUUCUUUUAGUUUGAAAAGUUUAGUCGAAAAUUUUAAGUGACCUUGUGGAAUCGUUUGCAAAGGUACUUUAGACAUACACGAUCUUUUUAUUUUUAGAUAUACAGUAAACAAAGUUUUACCAGUAUGUAAUCACAUGUUUUUAAAACGAAUUCUUAAGCGUUUUACACAUUUUUGGGCCGCACUGAAACUAUCGUAGAAAUUUUAAGCCGUCGAUACGUACUCGUGUACACGAUUUGUCCGUCUUCGAAAUGCAAAAUACCAUCGCGAAUAAUAAUGCGUAAGAUAUGAAAUCAGAUCAACACACAGUUUUAGAAUAUAGAAUGCUAGGUGUAUUAUUACGGGGGACCUAGUUUAAUAUUGGACGAGCAGGAAAAGCCUUAGUAUGCCGAUUUGUCGAAAUAUAUAUAUUAUAUUUUAUACACUCAUCCACAUACGCAUAUACACAACAAAUACAAAUGCAUACAUAUACACGCGUAGUUAUCGACGACAUUCGUAAAUCAAAUAACAACUGAUUUGGAAAAAGAUAUAACUCUUAGCUCAUAAGAAACUGCACAGCGCGGCGCUCAUCCAAGUUCGGAUUUAAGUUUUUUAGUAUUAAUAUCGUCGACGGCACAUCAAACGGUCCUCUUUUUUUCUUACAUUAUUAAAAGUAUGAGAUUAAAAUCUUCAUUUGAUUUGUCAACGCAUACUCUUGUAUUUUCUUCCUCAUUCUACUGAAUCGCACAGAGUGAUUCUAACAUGCGUGUAAAAGCUUUACUGCGGAUACGUACAGCGGAAUACCGUAAUUUUUUAUCAUGAUUACAGCUUUAUUGAGGAAAAGUUUAUAAAUUUCACAUUCUAUCGAUAUACCGCUUUUUUUAACAGAAAUGAUCAAAUUUUGCUUUGUAAGAUAUAAAGUCAUAAAUUUUUGCCCCUCCCUGCUACCCCGUGUUUUGAUCUUUACAUACUUUAAAAUGCAUCAUGACAAUUAAUAUGGUGGUACAAUAUAAUAAUAUUAUUAUAUUUCAAAUGAUUAUAUAAAGAAGAAGAAAAUAUAUUUUGGCCAAAAAUAUAUCUUUUUUAAUAAAUUAUAAAAGCCAAAUUAAUAUCCACAAAGUAAAUGUUCAGCAUUUACGAAGAAAAAAUAGCAGUAAAUUUUUGAAAUAUUUUACUAAUUAUAUUUUUCAGUAUGUGUUAUAAUUCAACGUACAUAUUUACUAUGCCAUUGUAAUUGGAUAGAUGAAAUGGCUAGUGUAAUCGCGAAUUGUUAAAGGUAUUGUAUCACCAAGAUAAUUGUAAAGAAAUAUAUCUCGCUGCAGUCACACUAGACAAUAGGAAAUGAAAAGAAGUAAUAUAACGCGGAUCACAUAUAUAUAUACAUUGUAUAAUUCUAUCUUGAAAAUUUCAUUCUAAAUGCCCAUUUUCUUGUGUAUACGUAAAAUGCUCGUGGACUCGCGGUAAAACAAUCAUAUACGCCCAAUUUUGUAAACGUCUAGAACCAUUCUGAUUAUAAUUAGGAAAAUGUUACUCGAGAUAUCUCUCGAAAACUUAAAGAUAGAAUAAUAAAAUAACAAUAACACGGAGAUAGAAAUAACGGAGUAAUUCUGUGUUGAAAAAAAAAGAUACGAUUUAUAUAUAAAAAUAAAAUAUUGCAGCGCGAAGAAUGUUGUAAAGAAAUAGUUUGAAAUUACUGUUAAAUUAACGAGAUAGUUAUAUUUUCCGCCGACGGCAUUCUCUUUAAUUUUAUCUAAUCUUUAUUGAGAGUAUUAUGUAAUUUGAAGCUAUGACUCUCUGUAUUAGUAUCAUGCUUUAUUGAUUGAAAAGGUUCACGUUUUUCCUUACGUAUCCAAUGCUACGUUUCUCGAGGAUUGCUAAAAAUAUAUAGUCUUAAUUAAUAAACAUUAUCGAUGCAGUUUACGACGACUGCUGUAACUCAGGCAUAUAUCAGUAGUUCUAUAUUAUCGAGAUUCAUAUAAAUUUUGUCAUCUUUUUUCAUAUCAUGAAAAAAUCGCGUUUUAUCCUCUCGUGCGAGCGCGUGAAUAGUAUUUUUUAAGAGUAGUGAGAGACGAAUCUUAAUAUCCGAAAGAUGUUAAUAUACUUCUUAUUUUUUUAAUAAUCUAAUAAUUUACGCGGAAGGGAGGAGAUGAGUAAAUCAAACAAAUGUAUCCCUUCACUCUAUCUUUCCACUGUAUGUCGUACUUAAUCGAUUUCUGAACUAUUCUAAUUCGAUGUGCACAGAAAAAGAUUUUGGAUACGUAUGAGAGAUUUCACGUUGUUGCUUUAUGAAUGAAAUAAAUCAAAU